GGUAAUUUUUAAAAUUUGUUUAUUUUUCAGGCUCUCUGAUGGGUGAUUCAGUGGUGAUGGUGAGUCUGUACCCUGAGUUCCCCCAGUCUGUGAUGUCUUCAAUGGCUUCAUGUGGAGAGUUUGUGUUCUUAAUGGAUCGAUCUGGAAGUAUGGGCUGUCCUAUCACAAACAGCAAGCAGCAGGAAACUCGCAUCAGCAGUGCCAGGGAUACUCUGCUGCUCCUGUUGAAGAGCUUACCAAUGGGCUGCUAUUUCAACAUUUACAGUUUUGGGUCCGGAUAUGAACACAUCUUCCCUAAGAGUGUGGAGUACAGCCAGCAGACCAUGGAGGAGGCUCUGAAGAAAGUUGAGCAGAUGGAGGCUAAUCUUGGAGGAACUGAGAUCCUGCAGCCCCUCAAACAUAUUUACAGCCAGCCCUGCAUUCCCAAUCAGCCAAGACAGGUAACACACACAGUCUGACACUUUCCUGGUUAUGGCUCAUGUUGGGGAUGAUCUGCUCAUAAUAAUGUUGGUGGUUCGAUCACUGGCUGCACACCAGUGUGUUCUUGAGCCCCAAUGCACAUGAUGCAGAGUGAGUAUGUGUGCGAGUAAAUGCUUGAUAGAAAGUGCUUGGAUAUAGAAAAAGAUCCUGGAGCCCUUCAAACGUACUUACAACCAGCCCUGCAUUCCCAGUCAGCUUAGACAGGUAACACAGACACUGGCUUACAUUCAUUUACUGGAGACUUUAGAAACGUUAGCUAGAGAAAAGUGCUUUGA